AUGCUCUUCUUCCUUCUUCUCCUUGCACUUCUGGUGCCGAUUCUCGAGGCAGCUUCCAAAUAUCCUCUAUUUACCAUCAAAGGAGUACUGACUUGUCGUGGCAAGCCGAUGGAGGGCAACAUUAUAAUGGUCGAUGACAACUGUGAGUUCGAGUUUUCCCAGUCCAUCCACAGUAACCCUUCUCUUUUUCAGACCUAGUAAGCCAUUUGUUAAGCGAGAAGACUGUGAGACAGGACGGAAAGUUCCGGAUGGCCGGCGAGCCAAAGGACGAAAGUCUCGACGUGCUUCUGGUCGUGGAGCACCGGUGCCACGGGAUACGCGGAGGCCGUCACGAUAGUCAGAAGAUUCUGGGGUACAGCGAGUUCCAGGUGCACGUCGACGAUCUGAGGAAGAGCGGAUGGAAUCUGGAGAUGGACAUUGAGCUUCUCAACAACACCGUCCGUGUUUCGUCGCCAGCGAUUCCGGUUUGGAAGGCUUUUUUGUACGGGAAAAGGUAAGCUUGUAAAGGAGAAAGUCUACGUUUUUCAAGUCAAUAAUUUCAGAAUGGUUCUCGAUACAAUCGAUCGGAUCAAGGACUUGAGCAUUUGGAACAAGGUCUGA